UAGUAAAGAUAACUUCACAGUCAUCAACCAUAGUAAUACAAUAUUCUCAUUACAUUAUAAAAUCACCUCGAGUACUCUAAGCGAAUAGUUUCAAUACUAAUAAUUAAGUAUUCUGAAUUUGAGUUUAUUUUUACUAAAAAAUAACAAUGCAUUUAAAAAAUAUUAUACUGUUUUUCUGCGUCACGUUAAAUUUCUUGCACGGUCAAGGUGCCACUUCUAAAGAGCUAGUUAAUUGGGCUCGAGAUGAAGUCGCGAGAACAGUGGGGCAAAAUGUAUUAAACUUUAAAAAAUUGCAAACUUUAUUUAACCAUGUAGCAGAUACGUGCGAAUUAUACACAACGCUCGACAAAAACGAAGAAUUGCAAAUAGACUUGUUUACAAAGCAGCAAGUCGAAUCCUACGCCCGAAAGAUUGUGUGUUCAGAUGAUCCGGAUGUAUUGAAAAAUAUAAGAAGCGUGGUCAAUAUACACGAUGAUAAAGAAGACGGCACAUAUAGCUACGAGCAAGUACGAAAAGUAGUCGAUGAUUUAAAAAUUGAAUAUGAGGGAAUAACCGGUGAAUAUCCCAGUGAUGAGGAAAUCAAAGAGCUCCGUUACAACGUCAUAUACACUCCGAAAGACGUUGAAAGGAUCAUCAUUAAUAAUUUAUUUCCCAAUGUUUGAUUAUAAUACCUAUUAACUGUUAAUUACUGUAAUAUGCAUGCAUGUAGUAAAACAUAUGUUCAAUAGUAAUGUAGUCUUGAUUGAUUAAUAAAUUAUUUUUGCUCUUAUA